ACAACAGAAUAACAGCAAGUAUCUCAAAUAAAUUAUAUCAUUUUAUUCUCUCUCCAUUAAAAUUAAAAUACAUAAUUCACGAAUCAUUUUGUUUUACUCUCCAUUUCUUUUCUUUACACAUCAAGAGAGAGAAACAACAUUUACGUGAAUUCAAUCCGUUUUCAGUUUUCAUCUUAUUUUUUCCAUUGAUCUCCUUCUUCACUGAUUAAAUUCUACUCAACUGGAUUUGUUCGACGAAAAUCGGUGCCUUUCAUGAUCUCUAGUGGUUAAAUUCGUUGUGUGUAUUAGAUCUUGUUUUCCUGGACUCUUUUGGCGGUUGUAAAUUUUUUGAAGGUUUUCCGGUGGACUAGAACAGAAUAGUUGAGAAAUUGCGGUUUUUCGGUGGAAACAGCAGUAUAUUGAGAAAUUGCGAUUUUUCGAUGCAAUGAUGGCGAGAGUGAAUAAUAGCGUCGAAACUGUUAACGCUGCUGCUGCGGCGAUCGUCACCGCUGAAAGCCGUGUUCAACCUGUCUGUGUUCAGAAAAGAAGAUGGGGAAGCUGUUGGAAUCUCUAUUGGUGCUUCGGUUCUCUCAAAACCAGCAAGAGGAUAAGCCAUGCUACCCUUGUACCCGAGCCUACUGUUACUGAGACUGCAGUGACUGUUUCUGACAACCCAAACCCUUCAACAUCUAUAAUAUUACCAUUUAUUGCACCUCCAUCGUCUCCUACAUUUUUGCAAUCAGAUCCACCAACAGCUACUCACUCUCCAGGUGGAUUGCUGACGAUAACUCCUCUUUCUGUAAAUGCUCUUCAGUCUCCUGGACAAGCACAUAUUUUCACCAUUGGCCCAUAUGCCCAUGAGACUCAGCUAGUCUCACCCCCUGUACUUUCUGCCUUCACCACGGAGCCAUCUACUGCUGCUGUUACUCCCCCUCCUGAACCUAUGCAAUUCACCACUCCAUCAUCUCCUGAAGUUCCAUUUGCUCAAUUGCUCACCUCUUCACUCAACCGUGCAAGGAGGAACAGUGGAACCAAUCACAAACUUGCACUAUCCUGCUACGAAGUCCACCAUCUCAUAUCCCCUGGCUCAGUAAAUUCUACGUCUGGCACGUCAUCACCUUACCUUGAUAGACGUCCAAUCCUUGAGUUCCGCAUGGUAGAUGCUUCCAAGUUGUUUGACUCAAAGAAAUUUUCUACGCACAAAUGGGGUUCAAGACUAGGAUCUGGAUCAGUUACACCAGAUGGUACAGGAUUUGCCCCUUAUGACCCUCUACCAGUGGAGAACCAAAUUUCAGAAGUGGCAUCACUUGCUAACUCGGAAAAUGGUUUGCUGGCUGCGGAGGCUCUAGUCGAUCACAGGGUCUCAUUUGAGCUUUGUCGGGAAGAUAUUCCAAUAGUUCUUGAGAAGGCAGUGGAAGGUGAGCAGGAAACUAGGGAUCAAUACGCAAGAAGCAAUGAUGUUGUUCCACACAAAGCCGAGAACUGCUUCCUGUGUUCUCAAGAGGGCUUAACCGAAAGCCAUGAGACAACUUCAGGUGUAACAGAGGAUUGUCUACACAAGAAGUCCUCUAUCUCUCUCGGAUCAGUCAAAGAAUUCAAUUUCGAUAGUAGCAACAGAGAAUCUAUUGCGCAAUCAAACCUUACCUCAGAGUGGUGGGCUGAUGAGAAAGUCGGGAAAGAUAUUAGUGGUCAAAACAACUGGAGUUUCUUUCCAAUGCUUCAGCCGGGAGUCAGCUGACUAUCCCUUUUCGUAAUGGCUAAACCUUAGCCAUUUAGCACUCCAUACUCGCAGUAAGUCAAUCAACAGACGGACUUAAUUUUGUUCAUACAAAGAUACAAUCUUCAACCGUUUUACAAACUCCGACAAUGGAUGAUGAACAAGCACAAACUAUCCUGGAUUGAGAAAUAGGUUUGCGCACUCUUGGUAUGACAAUCACUUGACCUUAUUUUUUCUCAUUAUGUUAUACAUAAAUUAGGAUUUUGUUAUUAGCAUCCCUUCUUGAAUGUAUGUAUAAUUAUUAUUCAACAAAAAUGAUGAUAACUCUAUCCUAUCCAAUAUGAAAAGCAUAGCUUUAUUUGUAUCAAUUUCGGCUACUAUUUGGUCUAUGACUUGUUUGUGGCUUUGUGUCCUAGGGCAGCACACUGAAACACAUACAUUAUACGCACUUAUUUUAGUAACAUAAAAUUUUGGUAAUGGCUUAGUGACCAACUUAUUACUUUAGUUGACUUAUAGCAUAUUAAAUUGGGAAAAUUGUAAAAAUAUGAUUCAUAAAUAGCUUUUACAAAAAGUUAACUUUUGACCCUUGGCAAUAUAUAAACCACAUUUGGUCACUCUGUUUCUUUAUGUAGUAUUUGCUACAAGAAGUACAUAGAACUCUCAUUUUGAUUUUUGAGCUGCAGCAAACUCUAGGGAGGAAGCAUCCACUUAAACAAACAUGAAUUAAAACCAUUUGCUACUCACCUAAGUUGAAAUAGCCAUGGCUAUAAGACUAGGGGUGGAUCUUUUAAGCAACCUAAAGGGGCCUGCCUCUAUUCCAUGCCAAUAAUUUUUUUGGGUUAAUAUUUAAAAGUAAAAUAUUAUCUACUAAUAGGAAAAUGUAUAUUUAGUAUUCACAAGUAGAGUUUUUGAAUUAUAGGUUUGAGUGUAUGUGAAUGUUUUAACUCUUUCAAACGUGAGAUCCCUAAGUGAUGUAAGACUCUUUUUCAUCAUACUUGUUAUACUUUUUUUAUUUAGCUGUUUUAAAUUACUUGCUUGAUUAUUAUUUAUGGCAAAAUUUAACUAUAUAAAUGUUUAUUUUGUCCUAUUUUUUCUUUACACCUCUUUU